GUUAUUUCCCUCUGUUAGAACAUAGGCAGACAGACUGUUCGGGUUGUCUUCGAGCCUUCAAAGCAGUUCAAGAGCUGUUGGCGCAACUACCUCAACUAGGGUUCCUCUCAGCUCUCCCUGCAAUCACUCCGAGGGCAUAAAAAGAUUGGAGCUUGAAGAAAAUGAAGCCUAUUUUCUGUGGCAACUUGGAUUUUGAUGCAAGGCAGUCGGAUGUCGAAAGGCUUUUCAAUAAGUAUGGAAAGGUCGACAGGGUGGAUGUCAAAUCGGGAUUCGCCUUUGUCUAUAUGGAUGAUGAGCGAGAUGCUGAGUAUGCAAUUCGAAAGCUUGACAGGACAGAAUUUGGUAGGAAGGGGCGCCGCCUUCGUAUUGAGUGGACCAAGCAUGAACGUGGGAUUAGGAGACCUGACGAUUCAAAAAAACCUCCAGCGAACACAAAGCCGUCAAAAACCCUGUUUGUCAUCAAUUUUGAUCCUAUCCAUACCAGGACAAGGGAUCUGGAGAAGCACUUUGAUCUAUAUGGGAAAAUAAUGAACAUAAGGAUUAGGAGGAAUUUUGCAUUUAUCCAAUAUGAAUCACAGGAGGAUGCUACCAAAGCGUUGGAGGCAACAAAUUCAAGCAAGUUCAUGGACCGAGUUAUUUCGGUGGAGUAUGCUGUUCGUGAUGAUGAUGAUAGAAGAAAUGGCCACAGUCCUGAAAGACGGGGCCGUGAUACAUCUCCCGAGAGGAGAAGAAGCAAUGAUCGUGGGCGAUCUCCAAGUCCAUACCGCAGAGAGAGGGGUAGUCCAGAUUAUGGCCAUGGUUCCCGUCAGAAUUCUAGAGCUGAACCAAGAAGAAGUCCCGAAUAUGAUAGAGCUACAAGAAGGAGCCCUGAUUAUGAGCGAGCUGCAAGCCCAGUCAAUGAUAGAUAUGACAGCCGUUCACCCCCAGCAAGGGAACGAUCUUGAUCAUGAGAACCAGUAGUGGUUAGCUGAGCUGGUCUCCUCUCAUUUGUACUUCUGUUGUGGGAAAUGACUCAUCGAUCGUAGUUGACAUUCUUAAAUUUGAUAAUUCCCUUAUUUUUAUGUAUUCAGAUACAUGGUGAGUUUGAACAUCAGUGUGCUUUGUGCUUUUUCCUUUGCGGUCUGAAACUUCAUUGAUGUGGUGAAUUUGAAGUUUAUUAAGUAGCCAAUGAUAUGGUUUAUGGA